GGCGGCAGCGGCAGCAGCAGCAGCAGAAGAAGAAGAGGGGGGGAAUGAGCGCGGCCCCCAUGGAGCUGCUGAGGAAAUGGCUGGGCCACCCCGAGGACAUCUACAACCUGCUGCGCUUCAAAAUGGGCGGCUACCGGGCCGUCAUGCCGCGGAUGGACCCGGACUCGCUGGGACGCGGCCUCCGGACCUGCUACCGCUACCUCAACCAGACGAGCCGCAGCUUCGCCGCCGUUAUCCAGGCCCUGGACGGAGAGCUGCGACACGCCGUCUGUAUAUUCUACCUAGUUCUCCGUGCCCUGGACACUAUAGAGGAUGACAUGUCCAUCAGCUUAGAUGUGAAGGUGCCGAUGCUGCACGAGUUUCACUCCUAUCUCUAUCAACCCGAGUGGAAAUACAUGGAGAGCAAGGAGAAGGACCGGCAGGUGCUCGAAGACUUCCCAACGAUCUCCAUGGAGUUCAGGAACUUGUCAAAGGUUUACCAGGAGGUGAUUUCAGAUAUUUGCCACAAGAUGGGCGUCGGGAUGGCAGAGUUCUUGGAGAAGAAGGUUGACUCUCAGCAUGAGUGGGAUAAGUAUUGUCACUACGUUGCUGGGCUGGUGGGGAUCGGCCUUUCCCGUCUCUUCUCUGCAUCAGAGCUAGAAGAUCCUAUCGUCGGGCAGGACACGGAGCUGGCCAACUCCAUGGGCCUCUUCCUGCAGAAAACCAACAUCAUCCGCGACUAUCUGGAGGACCAGCUGGAGGGAAGGGAGUUCUGGCCCAGAGAGGUUUGGAGCAGAUACGCAAAGAAGCUCUCGGAUCUUGCCAAACCAGAGAACAUCGAUAUGGCUGUCCAGUGUCUGAAUGAGCUCAUCACCAACGCCCUCCACCAUGUCCCUGAUGUCCUCACAUACUUAUCCCGCCUGAAAAACCAAAGCGUCUUCAACUUCUGUGCUAUCCCCCAGGUGAUGGCUAUUGCCACGUUGGCUGCCUGCUAUAACAACAAGCAGGUGUUCAGGGGUGUUGUGAAGAUCCGGAAGGGACAAGCCGUCACUCUAAUGAUGGAUGCCACAAACAUACAAGCUGUCAAAGCCAUCAUGUACCAGUAUGUGGAAGAGAUCUACCAGAAGAUCCCAAGCACAGACCCGUCAUCCAACAAGACGCAGCAGGUCAUCGCCUCCAUCCGCGCCAUGAGCUUGCCUGGUGGCCCCAUGGCAUCGCGCCACCACUACUCCCCCAUCUACCUGUCGUGCGCCAUGCUCCUGGCUGCCCUGAGCUGGCAGUACCUGAGCACCAUCACCAAGGCCACCGAGGAGUACGUCCAGGCGGGCGAGAACUGAUGGGCAGUGGGGAUGGCAGGGGGAGAGAUGGUCGGCGGAUGGGCAGCGGAGGCAGAAGGCUUCCUCGUCCCCUGCCAGUGGGGAUGGCCAGGCAGUGGGGUGCCACCGGGCCGGGGACAGUGACGAGGAUGGGAUGCCAGUGAGCUGCAGCCCCGGGGCGACGGUGUGGUUUUGCUCCUCACCACCCUUGCCAUCUGCUUGGAUGGUUACAAACGCUAAUCGGAGUCUUACUGUUUGAGGUUGAAUAUUUUUUUUCCCCUUCUUUCCUGUUGGACAGUUUACCUGAAUAUUUUUUUUUUCUUUUGUUUUUGUUUUUUUUUUUUGGUUAGGAUGGUUUUCAAUAGAAACUGCAGUUGCCUCUUUUCUUGCUUGAGAUUUGAGACACCUUUCCAGCUCAGAGCUGAGGAAAACCUUCUGGGUUUUGCCUCCCUUUCUUAGGCAGCCUCUUCCCCCAUCACCUCUGGUGUCUGCUCCGCACUGGAAGGACGCUGCUUCAGCCAGGAGAGGAACACGCUUCCUUAUCCAGGGAAAAGGCUCUGGCCACCUUCUGGCCCUCAACCCAGGCUGGUUGACAUCCUGCGGCCUGGAAACAGGCAGAGGCAAUCUUGAAGUUUCUGUUGUUGUGCUGAAGGAGGCUGCUAGGCUUGAAACAAGCCCUUUUAAUGUUAAUUGACGGUGGAGGUGGGAUGCUCUGUCCACUUCGAUGUGCCCCCAGCUGAAAGCCAUCGACUGCAGCUCCCUCCCCUCUGGCAGACGGUGCCCUGCACUUGCAAAGCUUUGUGUUUCAGCAGCUGGGGGGUGGUUAAAAUGAGAAGGGAGCUGCCUGCAUGGCUCUGAGCUGCUAUCCCCCCGCCUGACUCCAGUGCUGGGGGGGUCCGGGCUCUGCAACCAUUCCUUCAGCCCAAGAGGAUGGGUGGCCGUGGCAGAGCAAGGCAGGGGAGCGAGGGUUUGCACCGUGGGUUCCUCAUGGGAUGUUUUUUUAGGGGACCUUGGUGCGUUGGCCACCCUGAAAGGCAGCAGUGACCCCUGCCAUGGGCUGGGAAGGCUUGAGCCACUGAGGGGGACCCAGGGCGGGUGUCCCUGUCCCACUUGGCUCUAGCUUGGGAUGAUGCUUUGGGUUAGACCGACGUGGAGGCUGGAAGAUGCUUCCACUGCUGUUCUGAAACACAUCAGGCUGGACUUGCUUCAAGAGGAAACAACGCUUUAGAGGCAAGUCCUGUUUUCCUAGGGUGGAUUUCGGUUUUCAGGUUGCCUACCCACCUGCCCCUCAAAUGCUGCUUUGCCUUUGUGAAAGGAAGGGCAGCCUGUGUCCCGGUACGGGACGGAGCUGUCUACUGGGUGCAGUUUGGUGGCCUUUGCAAGGCCAAGCCCCUGUGGCCAGACUGUUGCUCAGAAGAAGAACCUCUACUCCACAGGUACCGAUGUAGAUAGUUUUAGGCUGUUGUUCAAAAGAAGCUUGCGAUAGCUCUCUUUGUGCAGCUUCCUGUCUUGUUAAAAUUAAAGUUUUCUUUGGGAAAAAGAUUGUUUGAUA